ACCAACAACUAAAACGAAACGAACGCGCGCGUAAAGCACAAACAAAAACACAAAAGCCAGCAGAGCAUCCACAAAAAGAAACACGCAUACAAUUAACAUUUAGUCUCCUGCACACCUGACCGUCGCACAGUAUAUUAUAAACAACAUUCUCGAUAUAAAAUUAACAAUAAUUGUGUGAGAAACCCACAUUUCUAAGCCGAUUGCAUUGAGCAUAACGAAUCCGAAACAAAAGAAUCCACAAGUAGCUGAAUGAGCGUAUGAGCAACAUAUAAAUAAAAACCCAUAUAUAUAUAUAUACAGAUGGAUAUGUAUUAGUAGUACCUAUAUACGUACUCUCGGAUCCAUUAGAAAGACGCGACAACUGCAUUCGACAUUGGUUGAACUGCAAAACGUGUCGCAUAUAUAAAUAUAUAAAAAUAUAUAUACACUUGUUCAAUGUCUUUUUUUUUUUGAUUUUGUGAUCGACUGCAAUAGAAUUCGUCAUAAUUUUUUGGAAAUAUUUGCAAACCUUGCAGCUUAUCCAAUGAUGGCCUACGAUAUUAGCAUACAGAUCGAUAAUUUUGAGAUGCCCGCGAUAGAAACUUGAUCGAUAAUUGAUUGAAAAGCUACAAGUCGAAGGCAAAUUAAAUCAAAAUAAGAAGAUAAAAAGAAGUUACAACUUUCGCGUUUCAGUGAAAAACCAACAAACUAACUAAUACAAAUCACCCAGGCUAAACUAACUUUAAGUUAAGCAGAAGUCAACAAGCAAGUAACAAACCAAAUACAACACAACUAAAAACGAAAUUAAGCGAAACGAACUAAAAGUUAGAUUUAACACAAACAAAUGCAAAUGAAGCAAAAGCAACAAGGACAACAGCAGCAGCAACAGCAACAAUUGAGCAGUAAAUCAAUGCGCAACAUACGAAAACAUAAAAAGCUCAAAGCGACAACAACAAUUAGUAGUAGAAACUAGUAAGAAGAAGAGUUAGAGAAGCAAACGACAGCCAUAGACCGUAGGAACAAGCAUUGAGUAUGCAACAGGCUGAUCAACUAACGCAACAACAACUACAGCUACAGCAGCAACAACAGCUACAGCUUCAACAACAACAACAGCAACAGCAGCUGCAACAAAAUGGCGGCGAUAUGGCCGCCUAUGCCGCUGCCCAAGCCGCUGCCGCCGCCGGUAUUAAGCGCGCCCCAAUGAGCGGCGGCCGCUUUGACUUUGAAGACGGCGGCACCUACUGCGGCGGCUGGGACGAGGGCAAAGCCCAUGGUCAUGGCGUCUGCACCGGGCCCAAACAUCAGGGCGCGUAUGCUGGUGCCUGGAAUUAUGGCUUUGAAGUAUCCGGAUCGUACAUUUGGCCCAGCGGAUCACACUACGAGGGGCAGUGGCAAAAUGGUCGGCGACAUGGUCUGGGUGUGGAGCAGAUUGGACGACAGAUCUAUCGCGGUGAAUGGUCGAAGGAUGGGCAUAAGGGACGCUACGGUGUACGAGAGAGCACUGUGUCGACGGCCAAGUACGAGGGCACCUGGAAUGAGGGCUAUCAGGAUGGUUCCGGUUGCGAGACCUAUGCGGAUGGCGGCAAAUACCAGGGUCAGUGGCAGGAGGGCAAGCGGCAUGGCUAUGGCAUACGCACCUCGGCGCCCUUCGGCCUCGCCUCGCAUCAUCGUCGCAAGAAUCUGCACGCCUCGUUAAGCUCCCUGCGCAGCGCCGAGAAUGGCAAUGCUGUCAAAGCGCCCGAGAAGACGGAGGAGAUACGUGGAGGCUUUGUGCUGACCGCCAAGUCAGAUAAGCUGCCCGUGCGGCGCAACAGCCUCACAGAGAAGACGAAGAAGGGAUUUCUAAUGGGUCUGAAAAUGCGUAAACAGCGCAGCACUGGAGAUUUAGAAAAACGUGGCACCAUUGCCUCGGGCAGCAUUAGAUCCACGAUGUCAUCGGCCUCAUGGAUUAGCACCGGCUCCGAGCAGUCCAAUUUGACCACGAAAUCUGCGCACACAGAGUCCAAUGCCAGUUUCACCAUGGAGGACGAGCAACUGGAUCCCACGGUAGUGGAGACCUACAUGGGCGAAUGGAAGAAGGACAAGCGCUGCGGACACGGCGUUGCCGAGCGCAGCGACGGACUCAAAUAUGAAGGCGAGUGGUAUAACAAUCGCAAGCAUGGCUAUGGUGUGACCACGUUUCGUGAUGGUACCGUCGAGGAGGGCAAAUACAAGAACAACAUAUUGAUCAGCAGCCAGAAGAAAAAGCAUUUGUUCCUGGCGCGUUCGCGCAAAUUCCGUGACCGUAUCACGGCCGCCGUCAAUUCCGCGCAGCGCGCUCUUAAAAUGGCUAUGCAGCGCUCCGAUAUGGCCAUCUCGCGCAUGGCCACAGCCGCUGCCAAGGCACAGAACGCGGACGUCGCCGCCGAGCAGGCGCGCAUCGACUGCGAGAACGCCGUACGCAUGGCACGCGAAUUCGCGCCCGACUUCAAGCCCUCGGUGCUUGAGCGCUUCGAGAAGCUGCGCUAUCGUGAACGCGAACGUUUCCGCGGCGCUCCGAGCCAAACCAAUGUAGAUAUGAGUUUGGGCAUGGCUGGCGCUAAGCCGCCGACGUCCGUGCAGCAACAGUUUUCGCCGGCAAGCAGUGGCGGUGGCUCCGGCUCGGAUGCAUACGCCACGCAGGCGCAGCGACAGCAGCAAUACUUGAACAUGCAGCAGCAGCAGCGACGCAUGUCGCAGCAGCAACACGAGUCCGAGUGCCCGGUACCCUCGUCCAUGUACUCGCAGCAGCUGCCCGUCUCGCCGCAGACGGAUCUCUCUGGUCUGGUUAGCCAAGCGCAGCCCAGCCAUGCGCAGGUCGUCAGCGCCAUCAAUCAAAUGUAUCACCAGCAGCAGCACCAACAGCAACAGCAGCAACAGCAGCAGCAGCAACAACAGCAGCUGCAACAGAGCAAUCCACAAAUGAAUCCUGCAUAUCAGUUCCAACAGCAGCAACCACCCGGCGGUGUCAAACUGAAUCAGCAGGCGCCUUUUGGUGCCGGCAAUCCCAAUGUCGCGCCGAGCAACAUCAGCAACAUGUCGCCGCAGCAGCAGCACCAGCAACAGUUGCUGCAACAGCAGCAACUACAGCAACAGCAGCAGCAACAAAGACUCUACCAGCAACAGCAGCAGCAGCAGCAACAACAACUGCAACAGACACAACAGCUGCAGCAGCAGCAGCCUUCUUUGCACUCCUCGCCUAGUCAUAACAGUGCCAGCCUGUUGCGUCGCGCUUCCCAGCAGCAGCAGCAACAGUUGUCGGAUGCUGCCGCCAAUGCCGCCGCCAUGGCCGCUGCGCAGCAACAGCCGCGCGGCCAGCGUCCACCCAUGCUGGGCCAGAUGGGGCAGCAGUCGUCCAUCGAUCAUUUUGACCAUUAUAAGCGACCACCCAGCCGGGACUCGUCCAUCGAUCGCUAUGCACGUGCGGCUAGCCGUAUGAGCGGUGCCCUUGCCGGCUCCCGCCAGGCCUCGCUGGAUCGCUCCGGGCUGGCUGAUGCCAUGCCCAAUGGCGGCGGUGCCAGCACUCCGGAUGGCCGUCCACGAGCGGGCUCAGUAUUUCGGGGCACUACACCAGUGCCGGGCGCAUCAGGCUCAACUGUCACCUCGACGAUGACCGGCAACGGCUCGCUGCCUUCGGGUGCCGGUGGACGUUUGUCGCGCGCCGGCACACCAAGCUUGGGCAGUGGUGGGCGUGCGCCCAGCCAGAGCAAUGCCGCGGAGCCGCUCUUCUCGUCGCCCAAUCAGCCCUUCGAGGAUGUGCUGCUGCGUCAACGUACGCUCGGUCAGGAUAUCAUUCCCUCGCCCUUGCAACCCAAACGUACGGAAAGCUUAUAUUUGCCAGCUAAGCCCGCGACACCGGUGGGUGUGGCUAUGGGCGGCAAAGGUGGUGGCGGCGGCGGCGGCGGUGGUGGCAAGAAAAUGAAGACGGUGCCCAUCAAUGUGUCGCUGCAGCGGAAGAAGUCGAUGCCCGACUUCCAGGAGCUGCCGCGCGCCACGGAGGCCAUGAGUCGCGAGGAGGUCUCCGCCCUGGGCUCGGCACGUCGCGAGGCCGUGCGUCGUCAAAUCGAAGACAACGAACGCCUCAGGGCGAAUCCCUUGCUGUAUUUGGUUAGUCCGCAAGUUAAGGAUUGGUUCGUGCGACGCCAGCUGAUGCUGCUUGUGCUCUUUGUCAAUAUACUAUUGGCGCUUUUAUUUGUCAAGAUGGUUACCUAGCGCCGGAUGCGCAACGCCACACGGAGCCGACCCAAAACAGCAGCGGUAGUAAAAGCAGCAACAGCAGCAGUUAGAACUUGCAAAGUUUUAGAGCCAUCGAGCCAAGUGUCAUACAGUUUACGAGCCACUGUUGCGUGUCUGUGGUGAAUUUGAAGCUGCUGCUGCUGCUGCUGCUACAGUUCGACUGCCACUGCGCGUGGACGCUGUGUGUUCGUGUGGUCAAACAAAUUUUUUUGUGGAGCUAAAGCUAACAAUUUUUAGCAUUUGCACUAAA